AUGACUCCUAGCAUCAGUCCUUCAGAUUUUCCAAGCAGCAUCCCAAGUGAUGCGCCCAGUAGCAGACCAAGUGAUGUUCCCACUGAUGCUCCUGUCAAGCAUACACCCAAGGCUCCACCUGGAAAUGUUGAUUUGAGCAUUGUGAUUUACUAUGACAACUAUCCAUAUGAGACUCAGUGGACCUUGACAAACCAGAGUGGACAUGUUAUUGAUUCGCGGCCCUACAACUCAGUUUGGGAUUCAGGCAGGGCUGAGUUUAGCUAUGCUGUCUUAGCAUCUGGACUUUAUACGUUCUCUAUUCAGGACCUGCGAUCUGAUGGGAUUUGUUGUCAGUACGGAGGAAAUUCACUGGAAGAGCCAUCUGUUGAACUUUGGAAUGCUGGUGUCCUUCAAUACUCCAACAACGGUGCUUUUGGAGCUGGGUUUUCUGAGCAGCUAUUAUUGAAUACAGCAGCCCCAAGCUCCAGUCCGUCAGGUGUCCCCACAGAGACACCAACAAUGUCCCCAAGUAGUUCACCAAGCUCAGCACCCUCAAGCGACCCUUCCAGAUCACCAACUGGCCAGCCAACCUCAUCACCCAGCAAGUCACCUUCCUCAAGCCCAAGUCGACAGCCUAGCUCUGCGCCUUCUUUGACUCCAUCUGAGCCACCCAGCAGUCAACCAAGCUCUUCACCAAGUGGACAACCAUCAAGAACUCCAAGUAUCAGUCCCAGCUCCAAUCCAACACGCACGCUUGAGCCUAGCAGUAUGCCAAGCUCUACGCCCAGCGCAAUGCCCAGUGAGACACCUAGUGUCAGUUCACACCCAAGUUCAUAUCCCAGUGCAAGCCCAAGCACCAGUUCUGUCCCAAGUUCUGUGCCAAGUUCCUUACCCAGUUUCGGACCCAGUUCCAAUCCAAGCAUAAGACCUUCCCAGUCCUCAGAUUCACCAUCUAUUAUGCCAUCAAAGAGUCCUUCUUCGGCUCCUUCCACCGCCCCCUCUUCUCUGCCAUCAGUGAGUAAGAACCCAAGUGAAAUUCCUUCUGCCUAUCCCAGUGGUAGUCCAUCUUCCAAUCCCAGUGUGAGUCCAUCUGCCAUUCCAUCCUUUGAACCGUCUGAAUCCCCAUCCUUAGAGCCAAGUAAAAGACCCAGCCAAGCCCCAAGUGUUCUCCCAAGUGAAAGACCCAGCCAAGCCCCAAGUAUUCGCCCAAGUGACUCUCCAUCUGAUUUACUAUCUUCAUUGCCAUCCAUUAAUCCUUCUUGGUCUCCAUCUGCAAUCCCAUCCAAAUCACCCAGUUCAACUCCAAGUAGGAUCCCUUCAACAAGCCCAAGUGAAAUACCAAGCCGAUCUCCUAGUGCCAGUCCAAGCGAGAUACCAUCAGUGGCUCCAAGUGUGAGACCAUCAAGGUCUCCAAGUUCGUCUCCUACCGGGGCCCCUAAUGAGCCACCCAGCGAGUCACCUAGCUCAAGCCCAAGUUGUCCAUCUGGGAUGGUUCUGCUUGUCGACAACCGAGAAGGUUUUGGGAAUACUGAGUCUGUCCUCAGUGGUGCUGGGUUCUGCACUGAUGUUGUGACUGAAGAGACCAACCGAGGGUAUCAAGUCUUGCUCGAUACUACCUAUUUGAACUGGUACAAGGUUAUUGUUUAUUCGGCCCGUGGUCAUGCCUCCUUGUGGUCAAAUGUUGUGGAUAGUCUUGAUGCAUUUGUUCAACAGGGUGGACAUCUUUUGGUGACUGGGUAUGACUCGCUAAGACCAAACACUCCCCUUGAAUCCUUACUAAGGAUUUCCAAUUCAGGGGACUUAAUUACACGGAAUGCGGUUUGGGAGGUUGGCAACUGUGACACAUUCAUUACAAAUGGGCCCUAUGGCGAUUUUCGAGGAGUGACUUUUACUGGGAUUGGCUAUGACGAUGACUUGGCUGUUCCAGAUUUUACCCAGGGCACUAUGCAACUAGCAACCACUCCAGGUACCGGUACAAAGGCGUCCACUGCCAAGAUUACAUUCAAUGAUCUUCCAGGCAGUGCUGGGUCUGUUGGAUAUUGGAAUGGCGGGAAUAGUGGAGGAAAUGCUCAGCCUGACUUCUCUAGUGGCGGCAAUGCCCAAGCAAUUUUUUUGAAUUGGAUCACAGGGGCUAUGAAUGGCGAAAGUGUGUCUUCGGACGCAUGUCCAGCUCCUACUGCAGCACCGACAGCAAGCAGCUCACCUACCAGACAGCCAAGUUCUGCCCCAACAGCAAGCUUCCAUCCUAGCACAAGCCCCAGUCUAGCCUCUGCAGUUCCAUCUGUGUCAAGUGCUCCUUCAUUAUCCCCAUCUAUGGGGCCAUCUUCUAAUCCAUCGUUUACCCCCUCCAGCAACCCUUCUGAGUCCCCAUCCUCAAGUCCAGUCGUUAUCCCCAGUGCGUUUCCAAGUACCCCCCCCAGCGCAUUGCCAAGUGUGUCUCCAAGUUUCCAUCCAUCAGUCAACCCCAGCAAGGGACCCACAGUUAGUCCUUCUGCCAGCCCCUCAGAUGAGCCCUCAGCAUCUCCGUCGCUAUCUCAACAUCCCAGCGAGUCCCCAAGUUCCAGCCCUUCCACUAGGCCCAGUGGGAACCCCAGUGCUUUGCCUAGCGCUAGGCCCAGUAUUGUGCCCAGCAACAGUCCCAGUGGCAUACCAAGUUCUGAACCCAGUUCACAACCCAGCUUUGUGCCAAGCUCCAUUCCCAGUUCACAACCCAGCUUUGUGCCUAGCUCCAUUCCCAGCACAGCUCCAAGUAGCACCCCGAGCGAUCAGCCAUCCAUCUCUGAGCAACCAUCCAAUGUUCCAUCGAGCGAGCCAAGUUCUGCACCCAGUUCAAUACCAAGUGACCCUAUUUCUCGUGGUGAUGAGAUUCUUAUUGUCAAGAUCUUUUACGACGAAUAUCCUUAUGAAACCCGGUGGAUUUUGUCACAGGAGCCAGGAGGUGAAAUUGUAGCCGAGACACGCUUUGAUCAAUACUGGCAACCAGAUGCAUUGACCUGGGUGAACACAAGUGUUCCCAACCUAGCUGCUGGUGAUUACAAGUUGAGACUGGAAGAAAACUCUGUCGAACAGGACGGUUUUUGCUGUGAACAUGGCCAUGGGCGUGCUAUUGUUGUCGACGGCAGUACUGAAACCAUUUUACAAGAUUACAAUCCCGCAGUAGAUGUGGACCCACCAGUAUUUGAAACCCAUGUUGAGUUCUUGGUGAACGUGGGUGGGUAG